UUCUGCUUUUCUGUGCGAUGGAUCCGGACGCAGCCGAUGCGGGAUCAUGUUCCCCCACGUCGCCCGCGGCGUACAGCGCAGGGUGCACUGGAUGCGAGGAUGGCAACGCCGAGGGAGCUCACCCACUAUCUGGAUCAAUUCAUUAUAGGCCAGGAGAACGCGAAGAAGGUACUCUCAGUCGGAGUCUUCAACCACUACAAUCGCGUUCAGGCCAAUGCAUCUUACCGCGAAGCGCAAGAAGACGCACGGCGGGAGUACGAAGAGAGCGCACGAACCAUCUACGAUCACGAACCUCCACCCGGUGUCUCCUCCGCCAACGUCCAACCUAUGCGACGAAGCAAACCUCCCCACCUGACCUUGCACGCGGACGCGAUCCCAUACCCAUACUACGAGAAGAGCAACGUGUUGAUGAUCGGUCCAACAGGGUCUGGGAAGACGGCGUUAGCGAAGACCCUUGCCCGUACGCUGGAUGUACCGUUCGCUGUUAGCGAUGCAACCGCGUUUACACAAGCAGGCUACGUUGGCGAAGACGUUGAGAUGGCCAUUCACCGACUGCUACAAGCAGCGAACUGGAAUCCGGAGCGCGCAGAACAAGGCAUCGUCUUCAUCGACGAAAUCGACAAGAUCGCGCGCAAGUCCGGUUCCGGCGGCACCGACAGCACGCGCGACGUCGGAGGCGAGGGCGUCCAGCAAGCGUUGUUGCGUAUGCUCGAGGGGUCUAUCGUCACUGUGCAGGCGAAGGGCGCGGUGCAGAGUGAUUACUCGUCUUCGUCGACGGGAAAGGACUCGGCGGAGGGCGCGCGGGGGAGGCUUUCGGCGGCGAAGAACGACAUCUUCCAGAUCGACACGUCGAAUAUCUUGUUCAUCAUGUCCGGUGCGUUCGAGGGGUUGGACAAGGUCAUUGAGAAGAGGAUAGCGAAGGGGUCUAUCGGCUUCACAGCCACCCUGACGCGUGAAUCGAAGAACAACUGGCCGUUCUUUUCUCCGAACUCGCAGAACAUCCUUGAGCAGGUUGAGAUCAGCGACCUCCUCGCCUACGGCCUCAUCCCCGAAUUCGUCAACCGCCUCCCCUCCAUCACCGCCCUCGCCCCGCUCACCAUCCCCGACCUGCGCCGGAUCCUCACCGAGGUCAAGGGGUCGCUCUUGUCGCAGUACACGAGCUUGUUCGGGUACUGGAGCGUCGAGAUUCGGUUCACGGGGGACGCGAUCGAUGCGAUUUGCCGGAGGGCGUAUGAGAGGGGCGGGGGUGCGCGGGGGCUGAGGGGGAUUAUGGAGUCGGUCUUGUUGGAGCCGAUGUAUGAAGUACCAGGAUCUGACGUCGCCUUCGUGCUCAUCACAGAGGGCAAGGUCAAGGGCGUCGAGCCCGCACGGUACUGGAAGCGAGGCGAGGGGAACGAGUUCUGGCACGAGUUCGCGAACUUGGAGCAGGCAUAUAGGUCACGGAUGGGGCGGAGGACAUGAGGCGGCUUCUCAAGCUACUUGCCACCUGGGAAACCGUCACGCCUGGAGGUUGAGUUGUAUGGCUCCCACGAGUGCUGGGAGCAGUGUUUGUGCUGGCCAAUUAUCACGAGCAGCUAGCACUUCAAUGUGGCACGCCUGCAGAUGCCUCCUACCUCGUCGGAGAUUGAGGCCUUGUAGCACGUUGUGUUGUACCAUCAUUAAUGAAACUUCAUGAGAGGAAGAGGA